AUGGACCAUUCUCCAAAUCGACCAUCCGUGUCUCCAUUAUCUAGAACUCGUAUGUAGACUGAAUAAACACUCAAAUUACAAGAUCUUAAGUAUAAGGAAAAACUACUGCAAAUGGAUAAGAUAAAUGCAAGUAGAAAACCUUUUUGUAAUUUUAGAAUUGUAAUCAUAAUUGGAUGAAACCCUAUUAGAAUUAGAAAAGGCAAAUAAAAACUUACAUCUUCAGAAUUAGAUGAAGGAAACACAAGACAAUGAAUAUUUGAGACUUUUAAAAGAAAAUGAAUUACUAAAGGGAGAUCUACAAUUUAAGUUAUAAGAGAACGAACUUAAUAAGUAAAAAUUAGCCUAACAGAAUAAAUAAUAUUAAUCAUCUCUAGAAAACUUAAAGUAAUGCAUUAAUGCUAAAAUUUAGAGAAUAAUAUGAAUAACUCUAACAGUCAUUGAUGAAUAAGUAUAUAAUAGAGAUGAAUUCGAAAUUACAAGACCAAAAAUAAUAAUAUGAUAAUUUUAGCAAAUUGUAAACUGAAAGAUUGAGAGAGAAUGAACAUUUAGAAAAAUAGACAUAAGAAUAGUUAUUAGAUUGUAAAUAAUAAAUUUAAGAAUAUAUAAUUAAGAUAAAUGAACAAAAAUAAUAAAUCGAAUUACUCUAGAAAUAAUAAACUAUAGAGAAGUAGAUAAUAGCUGAUAAAGAAUUAUAAGAAUAGUUACUAUUAAAAAAAAUAGAAUAAUUUUAAAUAGAAUUAAGUAGAACAACAACAGAUUUAGAUAUUUCUAAAGAGAAGUAUAUUAGAUUGGAAAAAUAAUAUGAGGAAAGUAUUACUAAUCUUGUUCAAAGUAAAGACUAAUAGGCAGAAGAGUAAACUAGUAAAUUAUAUUAAUAACAUGAAUAAUCUAUUUAAAAUUUAACAUAAUAAAAUUAAGAAAUUUGGAAACAACUUUAAGAAUUAAGAUCAGUAAAUCAAUUAUAAUAGAAAGAGAUAUAAAGAUUGACUCACACAAAUUAACAACAAGAAUAGGAAUUAAUAGAAAAGGAAAAAAAACUCAAAGAUUUAUCAAUUAAUUCAAAUUAAUCAUCUGAUUAAUGUAUUGUUCUUCAAUAGCGUUUACUUUAAACAGAAUAAGCAUUAUAAUUAUAUAAAUCUUAAUUAGAUGAUUUCAAAUAAACAAGAAGCGAUUUUGAAUAAAGGAUGAUGGAUAGAAGUAAAGGAAUUUUAAGAUAAAAAGAAUAAGAGUUUCAAUUAGCUUAAUAAUUGAAUGAAUAAAAAAUUACUGAAUUAAAUUAAGAAAUUGAAAGAAUGGAAAAUGAACAUUAAAAUUAAAGUUUUAAAUAGUUAUAAGAUAAGUUAAUGAAUGAAUCAAAUAUUAAAUCUUUAUAAGUUAAAAUUGCAGGAAUAGAAGAAUAAAAUGCUGCUUUAUUAUAAUAACUUGAAGAAACAAGACAAGAAUUUUUAUAGAAAUCUACUUUGUCUGAGGAUUUAAGUGUUUAAUUAAAUAAAGAAAAAACAUAUAAUUAAACAACUUUAAGGAUAUAAAAAAAUUAAUUAUCUGAUUUACAAUAAAAAUUAAAAGAAUAUUAAGUAGAGGUUGAUAGAUUAUCAAGUGAUGUGAGAGAAAGAGAUGAUAUUUUAGAAAGUUAGAGAAUCUAAUUUAUUAAUGAGAAAAAUGAAUUAGAACAAUAAAUCAAAAUUAUUUUUGAGAAGAUGGCUUAGUAAAGAUCUAAAAUCUAAGAAUUAGAUGAUCAAAAUUAUUAAUAAUAAUGUUAAAUCUAAAAACUUACAAUUGAAAGAGAUAGAUUUGAAAAGGAUUUAAAAUCAUAAACUAUUACAACUACAGAAUAAAUUAAAAAAUAAUAGGAAUAAAUAAUUAAUUUUCAAAAAUUAAUUGAAGAGAACUAAUAAAUUAUUCUUUAAAAUGAAGAAUAAAUAUAAAACAAUGAUACAUAGAUUGCUGAACUAUAAAGCUAAUUAGAAGAAUAGUAUGCUUAGAAUUAAUAAUUAACAAAAGAUGUAACAGAAUUAAAUGAUGAAUUAGAAGAAACUAGAUAAGAUAGAGAGGCUAAGAUUUAAGAAAUGGAUUAAUGGAAAAGAUAAUUUAAAUAAAAUAAUGUUCCCUUGUCUGAUUAUGAUUAAAUUAAAAAAGAAGCUGAAUAAUAUAAAAAUAAAUCAAUGGAUUAAGAACAAUUGAUCAAUAAAUUAGAAACACAAUAAUAAGCUAAUAACAAAGAAAUUUAUCAUUUGUAAGAUGAAUUAUCAUAGUAUAAAUCAAAUUUCUAAGAUAUUCAAUAAUAAUUAGUUAAUAAGAAGAAAGAAAAUGAUAAUAUGAGCACAGACUUAGAAAACUUGAAAAGAGAAUAAUAAAGAACGCUAAAUUAAUUAAAGGAUAUUGAAUCAAGAGAUUAAUAAAAUAGUGAAUUAGUCAUUAAAUAAAAAAGAGAAAUUUAAAGAUUGUAAUAUUUUUAUAAAUUAUAUUUAGAAAUGAUGAUAUGGAAACUAAAAACAGAUAAUUAGGUAAUAUGGAACAAUAAUUAAAUAAAAAAUUUGAUGAGAUAGCAGCUAAAUAAAGAGAAAUUGAGGAACUUAGAAGAAAGUUCUAAUAGGAUAAUCUUGGAAGAAUGACAACAAGUCCAUCUUAAAAGUCUGUUAUGAUGGCUUCAUAAAAUGUAUAAAAUUAAAUUAAAUUAAAUUAGAUGGCUGCCAGAUCUACUGCAAAGGGGUUAACUACUAAAAUAUUAGAUUAAUAAAAUUGA